GAGAUCGUCGCGUUGCGAGACUCGAUUUACACACACGUUGGCCCCGGCAUUAUAGGCCAGACAUGCUAUCAUUGCUAGUUAGCAUUCAACCGCAAGACCAUAUUGCCUUAAGAUCGAUUAUAUGGCUAAAUCCAAAAGAUACAACCACCAAAGAUGUUUUUCACGAUUGGAAUAGGGACUGCACUGGUGGCCGGUCUGUCAAUGGUGAUCGUUGGAUUCCUCUCGGUCGCAUUUUACAACGCUUUUCUCCACCCUCUUAAUCGCUAUCCUGGCCCCUUUUCUCAUGCGAUAUCUCGAUUACCAUACUGUUUUCGUUCAAUGCGCGGCACUCUUCUAUUUGAUAUGCUCGGCCUACACAGGCGUUAUGGUGAUAUCGUUCGUAUUGCCCCGGAUGAACUUGCCUUCUCGCACCCCGAUGCCUGGAAAGAUAUCAUGGGGUACAAGAAGGGGGAGCAAGAGCUAGGCAAAGCAGCGUGGUUUUAUCGACCCAUCGAAGAGCUGCCCAGACACGUCGUCAACGAGGAGAAAGAAGAGCAUAGCCGCCUCCGCCGUCAGAUGGCCCAUGGAUUCUCUGAAAAAUCAAUGCGAUCCCAGGAGCCUGUCAUUCGUGGUUAUGUGGACCUUUUACUCCAGAGACUCCGUGAAUUUUCUCAAGAUGGAAGCCCGGUCAUAAUUUCGGAUUGGUACAACUAUACUACUUUUGAUAUCAUUGGAGACUUGGCUUUUGGUGAGCCAUUCGGCUGCCUAGAAGGCUCAAAUUAUGAUACUUGGAUCAAAGGUAUCUUUCAGUCGGCACGAUUGGGUACAAUCCUGCAAACAUUGUCCUUUUACCCCUCAAUCAAGAAAGCUUUGCUAUCGUUGGUCCCGCAAUCGUUGCGUGAUGCCCAGGAACGGCAUCAAACCCUCACCAAGGCUAAGAUGCUACGAAGAAUGGAAUGUACCGAAGAGAGGGAGGAUUUGAUCGAAGGCUUGUUGAGAAAGAAGAAUGAACUGAAUCUGACUGUUGAGAAAUUGAUUGCAAACGCGGAAAUUCUCAUCAUCGGUGGAUCGGAAACGACGGCAUCUUUGCUGAGCGGAGUGACUUAUCUUCUUCUCACGAAACGGGAUGCAUACGAAAAAUUGAAAAAGGAAGUUAGAACUUCUUUCCAAUCUCAGAAAGAGAUCGAUUUGAUCUCAGUCGCCCAGCUGCCAUAUCUUCAGGCGUGUCUGGAGGAAGGAUUACGCAUGUAUCCUCCUAUCGCCAUUGGGCUGCCGCGAGUUUGCCCUCCUGGCGGAGCCAGAAUUCUCGGAAAUUUCAUCCCUGAAAAUACGUAUGUUUCGAUCCACCAAUGGGCACUCUAUCGACGCGAAGACUACUUCAAGGAUGCAAAUAACUAUCACCCCGAACGAUUCAUGGGAGACCCAAAUUUCAAAGACGACAGACGCGAAGUGCUGCAGCCGUUCCAUAUUGGGCCCAGGAAUUGCCUAGGUCGAAAUCUUGCAUACAGUGAAGUGCGUUUGAUUCUCGCACUGGUUAUCUUCAACUUUGAACUUCGGCUCGCCGAAGAUUGCCAUGACUGGAUUCAGCAGAAGAACUUCCUCAUGUGGCAGAAACCGCCUCUCAGGGUCUACUUGCAAUCUGUGGUCUAAAAGUCAGCGGAUCUUUCUCAUGGAGACCAGAUAUUUGAAUCACGGAGAGCUCAGGGGCCGGGCUUGUGAUGUUUUAUCAUUUUAUUCAGCGUUUGAUCAUUUAACUUCAUAUAAGAUAAGGAAAUGAACCAGGCGUAGGAACCACA